AUAUUCAAAGUCUCUUCCACUUUCCCAAUUUCAAAAUUGAAAUUUCAAAACUGAAAUUCACUUUCAUCUCUCCACUUUCCGAUUCUCUCGCUCCGAGCUCGAAUCUCCGGUCAUGGCGGCGUCUCAGGCCAACAUGGAGAAGAUGCAGGUCCGCCAGAGCUACCGCAACCUCUGGCACUCCGACCUCAUGGGAACUAUGCAGGCCGAUACUCGCUAUUGCUGCUUCGCGGCGUUCUGUGCUCCGUGUGCAUCAUACUUGCUUCGGAAAAGAGCUCUUUACAAUGACAUGUCAAGAUAUGUUUGCUGUGCUGGUUAUAUGCCCUGCAGUGGUAGAUGUGGGGAAAGUAAAUGCCCUGAAUUUUGCUUGGCCACUGAGGUCUUCUUGUGCUUUGGGCAGUCAGUGGCUUCAACUCGCUUUAUGUUGCAGGAUGAAUUCAAUAUUCAGACAACGCAAUGUGACAAUUGCAUUAUUGGUUUCAUGGUCUGCCUACAACAAGUUGCUUGUAUUUUCUCCAUAGUUGCCAUGCUCGUUGGAAGUGAGGAAAUCUCAGAGGCAUCUCAGAUAUUGAACUGUUUGUCUGACCUGGUGUACUGCACAGUGUGUGCGUGUAUGCAGACGCAACACAAGAUCGAAAUGGACAAGCGUGAUGGCAUGUUUGGACCCCAACCAAUGGCAGUCCCCCAGUUUCAGCAGAUGUCUCGCAUUGAUCAACAAAUUCCUCCCAAUGUUGGCUAUCAGCCUCAACCAGCAUACGGGUAUCCACCUCCUCAGCAGUUUCAAGGCUACCCUCCAGCGGGAUAUCCUCCUCAGCAGGCUCAAGGCUAUCCUCCAGCCGGAUAUCCUCCACCUGGUUAUCCACCUAAGUGAUUUGACUUUGUUACUCAUCCAUUUGGGAUCUUUGCGGACUUCUAUUCAAUCAGUUUGCAAGUAUUGUUGGCGUGAAGUACCAACAUGUGUAUGUUUCAACCUUGGCACUUUUAUAAAAUUUUACUUGCAAGUGGUUUGACAGAUACAAGAAUUGAUUUUCAUGUUUUAAAACAUCCGGAACUUAUAACAAAUAUAUCGAUAUGAUCAUUUUCUUUUUUCUCUUCCGUCUACAUUAAUGGUUGUAUGUAUGGAUUUCUAGUACUUGAUACAGUUUGUUGGUUCAAGAAAAUUUGCUCGCGUUCACUU